CAGUGAGUGAGUUUCAAACUGAAAAAUACAUCCAAAGGUGAAAAACAAGUCAUUUUGUUAUUUACAAAGUAUUAGCACAUUAGUGAAGUAUGUCUCUACUUCCAUAUUUGUUUAGUGAUAGCUACUAUACAAGACCAUCAAGACUAUUUGAUCAACAUUUUGGACUAGUUUUGGAGCCAGAAGAUUUGAUACAACCCGUCUCCAAACAGUUCCUCAGAUGCCCUGCCGGUUACCUCAGAAAUUGGCAGUCUGCAUCGUCUGGAAAUGAUUCCGGCUCUACAGUAAAUUAUGGAAAAGACCAAUUCUCGGCCAACCUGGAUGUUCAACAAUUUAAACCUGAAGAAAUAUCUGUGAAAGUAACAGGAGAUCGAGAGGUUACUAUUGAAGGAAAACACGAAGAAAAAGAGGAUGAACAUGGGCAUAUUUACAGACACUUCAUCAGAAGAUAUGUUUUGCCUAAAAAUUACGAUAUGGGUAAAAUCGAGUCAAAGCUGUCCUCAGAUGGUGUUCUUUCCAUCACUGCUCCGAAAGUAGCUGUCGGGGAAAUAGAACAUAAGAAUAUUGCUAUCGAACAAACAGGCCAACCUGCAAAAUCGGUAGAAGGAGGAAAAGGAGCUGGUGAGAAGUAAAAUUUGGCAGAUUUUAAAUUAUCAAUCAUCAGUGACUUUCAUUUUUAUUAUUUUGUCAUUUCAUUUCUUUUUGUAGUUCAUAGUUUUGUGUACAAUUUUCAGAUACUAUUUAGUAUAAAUUCAUCCAUGUAUUGACAGAUCCUGUUAGUUUGUAUUAUAAGACUGAUUUCAUUUUAUGUUUUUUAUAAUAUAUUCAAUAUAAAAUAAUAGCAAUAAA